AUGGACGUAUAUUUUGGCUCAUUGCAGCAGCACUUGGCAAUGAAUGCCCUGGCAUCUGUGGAGCAUCGCCUCAUGAACUCAUUUCUCAGCUUCCGGCUCCCGGGACCGCUCGACGUGCUGAUAGGGCCCGUGGACCAUCAGAAGGCAGCAGACGUAGCAACCCUAAGGGAGCAUGGUCUGGAAGACGCUAGACUGGCCAUGGGGUUUGCCAACGCAGAUGCGCAGUCUGUACGUAGUUCUCUCAAUGUUAAGGCAGCAGUGACACUUAUGCAGGGCGUGAUCCUUGCCAUGUAUUUUACUACCUCCAAGACGCCCAUGUGA